AUGCCAGAAGACAAUCCCCAAGACAACAACCCCCCGCAGAACUUGCCACCAGGCAAUGCACCUCAGAGCCCGGAUGCGAAUGCGACCAUGGGUAUGGUUGUGUAUGAGCCAAAUUCUGAGCCUCAGAACGAGCCCAUAGCUGUCCCACCACAGUUUGCGGCCGAAGAUAUACCCCAAUUCGUACCCCAGCACAUGCCCGAGUAUGUGCAGGUGAACGAUCAAUCUAGACCUGACAAAGGUAAAUCUUGUGAAAACAUGUCUCAAGAGCAAGUAUAUGGCAACAACGUACCCUUUUCAGAUGGACUAGGAAGACAGACUGGAAGUAGGGUUCACUUCGAUGAGAACUUGACCAGCCUACACCUAAGAGAAACGGAGUCCAGGAGAAUGGGCUCGCACGGUGGAGGCAGUCAUAGAGGAGAAUCUCACAAAGGAGAGUCUCAUAGAAGAGAGCCUCGCAGAACGGACGAUCGCGAGACGAAAUCGCAUAAGAAGGAAUCUCACAGAUCAGCGUCUCACAAGAAAGACUCUCAUAAGUCAUACUCAGACAGGAAGGAUCCAUACAGAUCGGAAUCACGCAGGUCGCAGCCUCACCAAAAGGAAUCCCAUGGAAGAGGCUCAGACAAGCCAUCCAAGAAGGAGGAGUCUCACAAGGCAAAGAAGGUAGAUGCUACACCUAUAUAUGGACGCAUCUCGUUCCGUGACACUUUGAGUCACUAUGCGCACCGAACUACUUAUGUCAGAACUCCGGUUGAAACAAAGAAGAGAGGAAAUUGA